AUUCUACAACACCAUUACCAUAACUACAACGAGAAGAGGAUCUUUUUUAAGGAGAAAGCAGAGAGUGUUGUGAGUUUUUUUAUUUUCUAAUAAUUUUUUUGUCUUUUGUUUGUUUCUUUUAUUACACACACAAAUAGAUGAAACGAGGAAAGCUACUUCUUUUGCUACUUCCAUAAAAAGGUCCUUCCUUUAGCAGAGAAUCAAGUUUGAGAGAGAUCAUCUUCUUCCUUCUUCCCCUUCUCCAUAGCCCUCCAUUAAUGCUUUUUGUAUUUUGUCUCCUAUAUCUCUCUCUCUCUGGCCAUAUACCAUCGUGUACCUCUUCUCUUGAUACCACCCAACAAAGGUUCCUUCCUGGUUAGGUUUUUUAUAAAACCCUUUUAGCCAAUCGGGAAAUUACUAAACAAGAAGUGUGAUAAGAGAUGGUGAGGGGAAAAACUCAGAUGAAGCGAAUAGAGAAUGCAACAAGCAGACAAGUGACUUUCUCUAAACGAAGGAAUGGUUUGUUGAAGAAAGCCUUUGAGCUCUCAGUGCUUUGUGAUGCUGAAGUCUCUCUAAUCAUCUUCUCUCCCAAAGGAAAGCUUUAUGAAUUCGCCAGCUCCAAUAUGCAAGAUACCAUAGAACGUUAUCUGAGGCAUACUAAGGAUCGAGUCAGCAGCAAACCGGUUUCUGAAGAAAAUAUGCAGCAUUUGAAAUAUGAAGCAGCAAACAUGAUGAAGAAAAUUGAACAACUCGAAGCAUCUAAACGUAAACUCUUGGGAGAAGGCAUAGGAUCAUGCUCAAUCGAGGAGCUGCAACAGAUUGAGCAACAGCUUGAGAAAAGUGUCAAAUGUAUUCGAGCAAGAAAGACUCAAGUGUUUAAGGAACAAAUUGAGCAGCUCAAGCAAAAGGAGAAAGCUCUAGCUGCAGAAAACGAGAAGCUCUCUCAAAAGUGGGGAUCUCAUGAGAAUGAAGUUUGGUCGAAUAAGAAUCAAGAAAGUGGAAGAGGUGAUGAAGAGAGCAGCCCAAGUUCUGAAGUAGAGACGCAAUUGUUCAUUGGGUUACCUUGCUCUUCAAGAAAGUGAUCGAUCCACUCUACAACAAAGGUAAGUAAAAACAGGUUUAGCAGUACUACUGAGAGUGUAUAAGGACAAGUAACAAAACUCUAAAGCUGCUUCGCUUGUUGUCUUAUUUCUCUCUCACUCUCUCUCAAGUCUCUUCUCUAAUGUUGUUCUGCCAAAACUGAACUGCUUGUGUUAUGUAUCUAUACAUGUUUUUAAUUACACUUGCCUCUC